AAAAUUGUGCAAAUGUUCCUGUUUUGUAGAUUUCCCUUUGCUAUCACAAUCAGAUUCAUGUACACAGUGUAUAAUGUGCCUAUUUUUUUCUCUCCUUUUAUCAGACUUCCAUGAAGCAAGAUGGCUGCUCAAAAUGCAUCCAGUUUUAUCAACAUCAGUGCUUCUAACAGAUGUAAUUUAAAUGAGGAUUUUAAUAACAUCCUGCUACCAGUUGUCUACAGCAUUGUGCUGGUGUUUGGCCUCCUGCUCAACCUCACCGCCAUAUAUUUUAUCUGUUGCCGGCUUAAACACUGGAGCCCCAACACUAUCUACAUGAUAAAUCUGUGUGUGUGUGACACACUCUAUAUCCUUACACUACCCUUUUUGAUCUAUUAUUACGCGUCCAAUAAAAACUGGCCAUUUACUGAAGUUUUCUGCAAACUUAUCCGCUUUCUCUUCCACGCCAAUCUCUAUGGUAGCAUCCUUUUCCUCAGUUGCAUCAAUGUCCAUCGCUACAUAGUUGUUUGCCACCCAGUGCGAUCAAUGAGCUGGGUUAAUGCCCGCCGUGCCCGAUACACCUCGUUCGUGAUCUGGGUAGUUAUCCUCAUUUUCCAAGCGCCAGUGCUUUACUUUUCCCGAACCAAGAAUGAAACUACCUGCACAGACACCACAUCGGGAGACCUCUUUAAAUACUUCCUGCCCUACAGCUCUGCCAUUUUGGUUCUUUUCUUUCUAAUACCAUUUAUUAUAGUGAUAGUUUGCAACAGCCUUAUGGUGCAUCAACUCAUACAACCAGGCACAGUAGGAGGUACAGUGUCUCGGCACUCCAAGAAGAAGUCUGUAAAGAUGAUCGUCAUCGUACUGCUGGCCUUCAUAGUCUGCUGUGCGCCCUUGCACUUCACACGGAGUGUCAACAACUUUUUCCGCCACAAUCCGAAUGUAAACUGCAACCUCCGGGAAGGCUCUAGAAUAGCAUACAAGGUAUCAGCGUCCAUAGCAAGCAUUAACAGCUGCAUUAACCCUAUCCUUUACUUCAUGGCUGGCCAGGGCUUCCGACAAAGUCUACCUAAGUGGAAGCAAGGCCAAAGAGCUGAGGAGAAUAAACUUCAACCUCUCAAUAAUUGAAAAAUUAAACAAAAAGAACAUGAAUGUGAAGGACAGAGAGGUUUGCAAGACCAAGAAAUAAAGUGGAAUACUGGAAAAUAGAAUGUUAUUGUGGAGCUGUGUUGGAUCUGUGUUAAGGACUGGAUGGUGUAACUUUAAAAGACAGGCCAGGACUGCCAGAGAGCGAAUUCUGCUUCACUUGUAAAUGUGCUUCCAAAAAACAAAAAAACGCAAACAGUCGCAUCCAUUUUUUUAUUUUUUAAAUUUAGUGCUCAGGAAUUACAUGGUAUACCUUUGUAAAGUCUCCUAUACAAUUUUGUCCAUUAUUACCUUUUAACAGCUUUUGCAGGGUUGAGGACUUUGUAAUACUUUGUAUACAAACUGUUCUUUUAACUUUAAUAAACAUAAGAAAUCUUUUAGGACGCAGAGAGAAAAAAAGACAAAUAUAAAAAAAAAUGCUGAUGAGGAAACGAUUGUUUAUGGUUGUUAAUGUUAGAAAUAACAUGACCUCACUUGCUUUGUACAUGUUUCACAGCUUUGGUAUUUCGGAAAUUACUAUGACGAUGAAACAAGUAUGAUGAGUUGAAAUGUUAUAUGCAAAUCGACAGACAAAAAAAAGAAAUGACUCCCUGAACUUAAUAGCUUUCAUGUCAUAACAGAUUAUGUACAGUAUUCUAGCUGUAACAAGUAUAUACAGUACAGGCCAAAAGUUUGGACACACCUUCUCAUCUAUCUGUCAAUGUGUUUUCUUUA